ACUGUGACACGCUGGAAACAACUUUUAUACUGUUUUUUUUUUUGGCAGUUUACUGCCUUGAAACUUUAUUAUGUAAGGGGCUGGUCAUUGCCACUUGUCACGAUAGGGUUUUGCCACGUUUUUUUUUUUUAAAAAAAAUUAUUUUUAAUUGUUUGAUUUGACGGUUAUGUGUGCUUAUCAAAAGCGAUUGUACUUUUGUAUUUUUCUUUUAUUUUUUUUAUUAUUUUCGAAUAUAAAAUUUGUAAUUGUAAAUCUCUCUCCCCUCAACUGUUCAUCUUCUUCCCCAUUUUCAGUUUUCUUAUACGGUUGUAGUAGUGGGUGGUUUUUUCAUUUUAAAAAAUUUCCAAUCCCAUCCCACUUUCUUAAACUUCCCUCUCAUUUUCCCUCCCAUUUUUAUUAUUUUUGUCUAUAAAUACCUUCAUAGUUCCUGAUAAUGGCCGUUACUCGUUCAUCACCAUCUCCGGCUAAAGUUACAAAACCCACAAAACAAUCGCAGAAAACCAGACCCAAAUCAAAAAUGGGUAAAAAAAAUCUGAAAGAGAACCCUCCUAGCCCCACUUCCCCUUCUGUUAAAAGAAAAACCAUUGCUGGACCUUCGAAGAACACUCGAGGAAAAAGACCUCGAACUGUUGUUGAAAAUUCAGACUCAAAUUUUGAGUUGGAUUCUGAAUUUCUUAAGUCGCCUGUUUCUGUUAAGGUAUUUUACUAUUUAUCUGUUGUUAUUUUGGAGGUUUUUUGUUUUUUUUUGUUAAAUUCGAUUUUUGAAGUUCAUAUAUCUGGGUAUUUGUUUGUUUUUGUCUCUGUAUUUGUAAUGAUUUUAUAUAUCUUGUUUGAUUUAUUUAUGUGUUUUUGUUAAUUUUUUAUUUGUUGUUUUGUUGGUGUUGUUUUGUUUUAUUUUAGGGCAAGGGUAAAUCCCCUGUAAAGGUGUUGCCAUCAUCAGGUUUUUCUGAAGAAAUUCCUGUUAAUAGGAUUGUUGAGGUUUGUCAUGUUAUGCAUUCUGUUCUAUGUUUUUUUUUAUUGUGUUUUUGUUGUUGUUAUUUUCGUAGUGUUUUAUGGUGUUUUAUCAGUGUUUUUUUUUGUUCUGUUUUUUAGGAUUGGGAAUGCAAGUACACCCGAUCUCAAUUCUAUCAUUCUAGAGUAGUAACAUCUGGGUAUUACUCUGUACUUGGAGACAUUAAGAGAAUUCUAACUGAAAGCCAAUUGGAAUUUUUUUCAAAAUCUGUGUUUGGUUAUUUUCUUCGGAUUCUGGAGUACAUAAUUCAUUACCAAUUGCUUCAUUGUUUGCUGUUGAGGGAGGUUCAGCAGCCUAAUGGGUUGGAGUUUUGGGUUUGUGUCCAAGGGAAAUAUCUUAGGUUUAGUAUCGAAGAGUUUGCGUUGGUCACGGGGUUAGAUUGUCAUGUUGAUUCUGAUUUUAAUCAGUUUAAGCAAGAUCAUAAUGAAUUGGUCAAACAUUGUUUUAAGGGGUACAAAAAAAUUACCAAGGGUGCUAUUCAGACUGCUUUUAUUGCUGACAAUCUUAAGGAUAACGACGAUCUUGCAGUCAAGUUGGCUGUAUUGUAUUUUGUGCAGUGUUAUUUUUUAGGUGGUCCCCCUGGUAAAGUUGUUUCGUAUGAGGAAAUAGAUGUUGUCGAUAGUGGUCGAUAUAAUGAAUUUGGUUGGGGCAAGCAUUGUUUUGAUAUCACUAUGCAUUCUUUGAAGGGUAAGAUAGAUUCUGGUUAUAAGAGGGUAGUUCGUAGUGACGAGGAUGGUGGGUAUUACAGGUUAUUGGGUUUUGCUUUGGCUAUUCAAUUCUGGUUUUUCGAGUGUUGCCCGUAUGUUAUUGGGAAACUGUCGUUGUACUCAAAUGUUGGCAUUCCAAGGAUUUUGAAUUGGCCUAAAUUACCCAAGGACAAGGAGGGUAUGGUGAAAAUGGAUGUCAUGAACACCCUCAUUUUCGAUCGGUCUUUGAAAGAGUUAAAAUUAAGAAACAUCACUCCAACUUCCGUUGAGAGAUUGAGUUUGAGCCUCACUGAUUUUUUCUCUGGUGAGACUACUCCCGAGGCUGUAAAAUUCAAAAUUAAAGGUGGUUCCAAGCCUGCUGGUCAACCUGGCUUCAUGGGUGCUUCUUCAUCAUCUGCUCAUGAGAAUGUCUCCCGAGUUGAGUUUGAGGAAUUUAAAAAGUGUUUAUCUGUUGUUGUCAGCCAGCAAGGGAUACUUAUGAAAUCUGUUGCUGAGAUGAACAAGAAGCUGGACAUUCUUAUUGAGGUGGUUUUUUUAAUGUCAUUACUUUUUCUGUUAUUUUUUUAGUAGUGUUUUUAUGUUGUUUUAUACAGUAAAUUAAUUUUUUAAUUUUUUUUUGUUCUCAGUCAUCCCAAGGUGGUCUUACUCACAAUGGAUCUCAGUCUGAAGAUGCUCUUCGUACUUCAGAAAAUGAGGAUGAUGAAGAUUCCACUUCGGAGGAAGACGAGGAUGAUAAAUUCGACGAUGACAAAGGAGAUGAUCAUCAUGACGAUGAAACUGAUGAUGAUGAUGAUGAUCUGGGUGGAGAUGGUGUUGGUGCUGGUCAGGAUGAGGCUCACACGGGCGAUGUUCGUAACGAUGAGGGUGUUGUUGUCCCCGAGGUUGUUUCGAGGGAUGAUGAUACCGGCAAGGUGGAUGAUGCCAAGAAUUCUGAUCCUGUGGAACCUCUUGCAGAGAUCAAACAGGUGUAUUUCUUGUUUGGACAUCAUUUUUUUUGUGCUUUUUUGUGUGGAUUUCUGUGUUUUGUGUUUGUUUUAAUAGUUUUUUACUGUUUUUUUUGUUGUCAGCCUGAACAGUCUCAAGGUGGGGAGGAGAACAUUGAUGUUGAUGCAACAAUUGCAUCUGCUGUUAAAGCUGUGGAGAAUUUGGUUUGUGUUUCUGUUUUUGUUCCUUUGUAAUUUGUAUUUAUAUGGUAUUCUAUUGUUGUUUUUAUGGUGUUUUGAUUGUACUAUUUGAAAUUUAAAAAAAAUCUUUUUUAGAUUGGUUCCUCAACUCAUGCCCCUGCUUCUGUUGAGACUUAUGAGAAGACUGAUCUUGAAAUGGUUGUUUUUCAAGAGACUCCUAUUUUACGUCCUCAAAAGAGGGAUCAGAAGAAAGGAGCUGUUUUGAAAUCCCCAUUCAUUGAGCUUGCUUCUAGUGCAUCUAAAUCAGGUUCAUCCUCAGUUUCUCCUGAUGAUUCUGUGUAUAAGGUCGUUAAAUAUGUGUGUGGUUUGUGCUCGUUGGACAACAAGAUUGGUGAACCUGUCGAUCCGCAAUUGGAAGCUGAGUUUGUCAAGUGGGUUGAUACAAGUCUUAGAAAGCAUAAAUCUAAGUAAGUAUUUUUGUAGGUGUUCACAGUUAUAUAUCUCUUAUCGUUUUCCAUUUAUUUUUUAUAUUUUUUUAUUUGUGUUUUGAUAUUUUUUUAUUUGUUUUUUUAGCACAACAACUAAUGUGUAUUGUAAGGGUAAGGACACAAUAUUUCCGCCAUUUCGUUUUGGUGUUGAGGACAUUAUCAACAAGAUGUGGUUUCACAACCUUGCCUACCCUAAUUGUUUCCUUACCAAUUCUCACAUUGACAUCAUUUUCUAUUAUCUUCGUAAGAAAAUAAUGUACUCAGCCGAGCCGAAAAUCAAAGUCACCACAACUGAUUGCCUCUUUUGUUCUAGCAUAACAACUUUGUAUGAGAAGUUUGUUGAGAAAAACAACGAUAUAUCGGUGUUGUCUCUUUCUCACAAUGUGGCCCAGUACAUUCAAGGUGGUAAGAUAUUAUGUGCCACUCCUUGGCAUUUGGUUGAUCAUGUUGUUAUGCCUAUCAAUGUAAAAUUACAGGAUCAUUGGAUUUGUGGUCGUCUAAACAUAGCUGAGCGGCGGAUAUAUCUGUACAAUUCAUUGCGUUCUGGGAGGUAUAUGACAGCUGCCAAAGAGGCUUGCAAGCCUUUCUCUAUUAUUUUACCAUAUUACUUCUCUAUGUUAGACUUCAAAGGCCUUCGCAACGAAGCUAAGUUUAGCACUAUGGAACCGUUCCCUAUUGUUGAUGUUGAUGGUUUACCCGAGCAGGUCACAGCGUAAGUUUUAUGUUUAGUGUUCAAUGUUUUUCACUGGUUGUUUGUAUUUUUAUUUUUUUGUUAUGUGACUUUGUUUUUUAUCAGUGUUCUCAUAGUGUCUAUUUUUGUGUUUUCUUGUUGUUUUUUUUUUCCAGUGAUUGUGGUGUUUUUGUAGCAUCAUUUGCUGAGUAUUUCAUUGAUGGCAACCCAUCCCAUCCUCUGAUUUUGAUGUGCAAAUUCACCGCGAUCGUUUGGCUGUGUUAUUUUAUCAAUAUGGCAUGAAGAAGCAAACUGAGAACAUUGAAAGUUAAUCCGAGGCCCCUCCCAGCCUUCCCAAGAAGUGAUUUGUUUUUUCAAUCAGACUGUCAUUGUUCUUAUAGUUUUUUAAUGUUGUUUUUAUGUUUUUUAUGUUGUUUUUCGUAAACAAACAUUGGUGUUCUGUUAUGUUUCCUUACGUUUUGUGUGGACAAUAUGUAAUCUUUAUUUUUGUAUGUUUUUUCUUAUUCUUCUUAUGUACAAACAAGUUGGUAUGUUAAAGUUGUUAGUUUUUUCAUUUCACAUCCCUUCUUUUUUUGUUUUUUUUUUCUUAUAGUUUCUCUGUUUUUUUGAAUACAAAUAUUCAUUUCAGUAUUAAAAACACAAACUGUUUCAAUAACAAACUUCAUAUAUAUAUUCAAUUUAGUAUCCAACAUCUUUUAAUAUCCAAUCUAAAGUAUCAAAAAUUCCCAAUGUAAUCAAUGUUUUUCAAAUAAAAACUGUAUUCCCUUUGUAUUUCAGAAAUUUAAAUUCCUCAAUAUCUCAUUCUCAAAACGUAUGUGUAGUUUUCUUUUGUUUUUCCACUGUUGUUCUGUUGUUGUUUUUAUUCCCUUCUACGUCUUCUGCUGCAUGUUCUUUUGUUAUGCCCCAGUUCACCACAUUUGCUGCACUUGUUGUGUUGAUCCUUUUCCCAUCCAGCCUUCCUUCUUAAUGUUUUUGGUCUUCCUGAUUUUACUCUUUCAUGUGGAGGCAAGACUAUAAUAUUCUUCACUUCUUCCGGUACCUCCCACUCACUUUGGUGUCCUAUUGGGUAAACUGUCCCUGAAUAAGUUGCCAGCCAUUUUUUUUUUUGUGUAGUAAUCUGAGCAGUAGGUGUACGGGUCCAUGUUCAUCUCCCUCAUCACGGCCACUGCGUGCCCGCAUGGCAUUUCAUCUAUUUGGAACCUGUUGCACGUGCAUGUUCUUUUUUCUAGGUCUACUUCCCACGAUUCUUUCAU